UGACAGAAUAGGCGGAGUUAAGAGAACACCAGCAAGAUGGCGGAGCGCAUUGCUUACUUGCAGGCUUUUGUAAUUUUACUAAAAUUACGUCUGCACUCCCAGCGGCAUUACAUGACAGCUCUGUACAUAACACGCAGACGCAGAAGGAGACUCCGGGCACGACGAAUGGCGCUGUUAAACAGGAUGGUACGACGGCCGCAUGCUGUGUGGGCACAUCCACGGGCACAGCUUUGGUGGGAUACUGUAGUGCCUGACUUUGAUUCGGAGCAGUUUUUGCAAAACUUUCGUAUGUCGAGGGAGUCAUUUGAUUACAUCUGCCGUCGUCUUCGCCCUUCCCUUCAAAAAAGAAAUACAAACUUUCGUUUGGCUAUACCAGUUGAAAAACGGGUUGGCAUCGCACUGUGGAAACUGGCUACCAACAGUGAAUACAGAAGUGUGAGUCAUCUGUUCGGUGUUGGCAUUGCUACAGCUUGUCACUGUUUGCAGGAUUUUUGCAACGCUGUGAUCAAAGUGCUGCUCCCUCUGCACAUUGCAUUACCAAAUGAUAGAAAGUUAGUUGAGAUGGCAGAUUUCUUCGCUCAUCGCAGAGGGACACCACAAUGUGUUGGUGCAAUAGACAGCAGCCAUAUUCCAAUUAUAGCACCAGAAGAAUACCCUCAAGAUUACUGUAAUCAGAAAGGCUGGCAUUCUAUAAUAUUGCAAGGUGUGGUUGAUGGAAAAGGUCUGUUCUGGGAUGUGUGUGUUGGCUAUCCUGGGAGUGUGCAUGAUGCACGUGUGCUGCAGCAAUCUUAUCUGUGGCAAGUGGUAAGCGAUGGGCAGUUCUUCAGUCACCAUAAAGUCAGUAUCUCUGGACAUCAAGUGGGUCACUACUUAAUAGGUGACGCUGCUUACCCCCUGCAGACCUGGUUGAUGAAACCCUUCACUGACACAGGCAAACUGAACGCACAACAACAGAGAUUCAACGCUAGCCUCAGCAGUACAAGGGCAGUUGUGGAGACAACCUUUGGAAAACUGAAAGGUAGGUGGAGGUGUCUACUGAAAAGAAAUGACUGCCAUUUGGAGCUGACCAAGAAAAUUGCUCUGUCCUGCUGUGUCCUGCACAACAUUUGUGAGGAGCACGGGGAUCAGCUUUUGGAAGAUAUUCAGUUGCAGGAACAGGACAAGCAGCCUCCUGCUCACAUAUCGACAGAUCCAAGGGAAGCGGAAGGAGCCGUUGUGCGCACAGCAUUAAGUGAUUAUUUCAACAACUGACGUAUAUUGAUACAGCCCACAUAGAUGGUGUGCUGAAUGACUUCAGGCCAUCAAACAUCGUACAUAAUGAAGACCUUGGAACGGCUUCUGCUUCAUCUCCUCAGACCCCAGGCCUUCCAUGCACUCAAACCUCUGCAGUUUUCUUAUAGGGAGAAGGUGGGUUUGGAGAAUGCCAUCAUCUAUCUGCUUCACCAGGCUUGCUCUCAUCUGAACAAGGGGAGCAGUUCUGUGAGGAUCAUGUUCUUCAAACUCUAGCACCUAAAACAUUAUCCAGCCCCUUACAUUGAAUGAUAAGCUGACGGAGGUGAGGGUGAAUUGUGAUCAGUAGCCCUGGCUCACCACAGGGGACUGUGCUCCCCCCAGUCUUGUUCAUCCUGUACACCUCAGACUUCAAGUAUAAAACAGAGUCAUGCCACGUGCAGAAGAAUAGGUCAACACUGAUUGUGGAUUUGUAAUUGUGGAUUUGUAAUGCUCUUCCUAAUUCUCACAUGAUUGAGACCUCCCAGGGCCAUGUAUGUAUUCUGCAAAACGUCAUUAUUUUGAGCCAAUCUAUGCCUGGCAAUAUGGGAAUUUAACAGUUGUCACCUCUGUUCCAGUGGUCCCUUGUUGUGAAUAACAAUAUCACUUUUUUAUUUGACAAGUGAAGGGCACUUUCUUCACAGUUAAGUGAAAAACGUGCACCUGUUGCCCCACAUGCAUUUUUUUGAGCCUCAAACAUAUAAUUUCAUAAAAUUUGCGUAUCUCCUAAGGGGACUAAGUAACAGCUCAGUGUUUAUAAACAAGCAGUACCCAUAUAUGCAUUAUAAAAAAUUGAGUUGUUAUUCUAAGUCCUUUUUUUUUUAACCAAAGUAAUAAAAAUGGAAUUUGUGAGAUGAACUUUGACCUUGAAACUUAGACUUAUGCAAAAGUUAAAUCUAACUAUAACAUGAAUUUCUUUCUCUCUCUCUUUUUUGAGCUUUCAGACAUACGUUCUAGCUCAGCCAAGUAGCUGUAAUAGUAAAAUGAAAUACAGCUCAUAAAAAAAUAUAUUUUUUUGCCUUUUGCACUGAAGAAUUGGCACUAUAUCUCAAAGGGAUUUUUGAAAUCAACGAAAACAUUUCUGAGCAUUGUAAGGUAGGUAUAAUUCACAUGCCAAAUUAUAUCAAAAUCAAAAAUGGUAAUUCAAAAGCCAUUCGUUGAAUUGAAACGGAAUGACACUGGAAACAAAAUCCCAUACAGAUUUUUAACUACAAAAAUAACACGGUUUACCUGAAAUGCUCGCCUAAAAUGCCAUCUGAGCACUGUAGUACUAUAGUUUCAAGCCACUAGCUCUGGCUGUGUGAUGUUUGCCUGUUUUGCUCAUGUCAUGGAAGUUUCCUCCAGCUGUGCAAAGACAUGAGGUUCAGUUUAUUGACAUCUCUAAAUUGUCCAUAGUUUGAUUUAUGUUUGCAUGUGCACUGGUACCUCAUGGGGA